UGGUUGGGAAUUCACAAAAAAAUACGUCAGGCACGCAGGAAGAUUAAACGCGCGUCUGCGAACCGGAGAGCGCUCGUCGUCUACAAAGUUCUCGCAGUCGGUCAGUUGUGUCGGGCUGUUGUCGAGUGGCAAACGUCUCGUUGUGUCAUCUUUAUUUUAAAACUACUGAAAUACACAAAGAUGGCGGCUCUACUUUUCGAUACGUGCUGUGGGUGCAUCGAGCUGAGGACGGGGUGUCUGAUCAUCGGAUAUCUUAAUCUGGUGUUCAGUGCCAUCGCCGUGAUCAUGACGCUGAUUCUCGGUGUGAUGGUCGGCGUGGCAGUGAACGACAAGGACGUCCAGCAGGCGCUACGUGAGCAGGGUCACUUCCCGACGGAGGCCGCCGCCGCCGUCUCCGUGAUCGCCAUCAUCUUCGUCGUGCUAAUACUGCUGUUCCUGAUCUUCAACAUUGUGUUCCUGGUCGGAGUUCACCAGAACAAGCGCGGCCACGUGAAGGCGUACCUGAUCUUCCACGUGAUCUUCUUGAUCCUCUACACGAUCUCGUUCCUGGCUUCCUUCGCCAGCCCCCCCAUCAACGGAGGCGACGUCGCUUCCAAGCUGCUUUCCAUCCUUCUUUCAAUUUACUUCCUUCUGGUAAUAAGGAGCUACUAUUACAAGAUGGGUGACACCAGCCGCCAGCCCGCCAUCUACAACACUGCCUAAGCAGAUCUACUGAACAAACGUCAUUUUGUAUCUGAAUACCUCAAUGACGUCCCUAAUGUAUUCGAUUUUACAUUACCU